GAAAUGCUUAAUACUGUACAUAUAUUGAACACUAAAUAACUGAUAAGUAACCCCUCCUUUAUUCGUUCUUUUAAGGAUAUAAUGCAAAAGAAUGUCAAUAUUUUACAAACACCUAAUGAACAAUUAACAAAAAAUGAAACAAUGAUAAAUGAAUCUAUUUUAAAUUGUUUAAAUAAGGAUAAUUCUAUAUUUCAAAUGUUAUAUGAUUGGCAUCAUGCUCAAUAUCAAUGUUGUUUUGGUUAUUUUUAUAUUAAUUGGAAAGGUGAAAAAUAUGCUUUACAAGCUGAAAGCCAUGCAGAAAACUCCAUGAAAUUAAUAUCAUUAUAUUUAAAUUCUACUAGUCAGCAAAUGAAUCAACAGAAUUCUGAUGAUCAUGCUAAUUUAAUUAUUCUUUGUAUAGUUUUACUGAAUUAUUAUACAUUAGCAAAAUCAAAAAUAAUUUUAAAAAAGACAAAAGAUGCGUUCAGUUCAAUCAGACAAGCUGAAAAGGCAUUAAAUAAAGUUGAACAGCUGAUUGAUUCAAUUGAAAAAUCUAAAAAUAGUUUAGAAAAUAUUGAUAAUUAUGAAGAUAAUUCCAAACAAUUUGAUAGAUAUUUAGAAAAUUAUUAUCAACAAUGGAAUCAUUGUACUUUAAUAAGAUUAGAUAAAAAAUUUUAUCCAAAUUUGCAAAAUUUAAAAGUUUGCAUUUAUUGUUUGUAUGGAAAAAUUGCAUUUGAAUGUGAAAAAUAUGUUGUAUCUUUUGAUCAAUAUAUGCAAGCAUUGAAAUUCAUAGAGAAGACAUAUGGUCCAGAGAGUAAAGAAACGAUAUCAGUUUAUCACGCACUUGCUCAUAUUGAAUAUCAAAGUAGUGAGGAUGAUAUGGAAAAAUCUAUAGACUAUUUUAAAAAAGCCUAUGAAAUUUCUAACAAAAUUUACUACAAAGAAGAAAGUUUCAGUUCCAUGGUUGACCUUAUUCGUUCAGUUUAUCUACUGUGUACAGUUUACAUGAAACUCAAUUUAAAUUUGGAUGAUACUGAACAUCUCCUUGGUGAAAUGUUACAAAUGUUAAAUACUUAUAAUGAAAAAAACAAUCAAAACUCCAUUGAAUAUCAUAUUGAUAAUAAUUCAAAUGAAUCUGUCGAUCUAAUGAGAAUAAAAACUAGUUCACUAGAUACUGAUAAUCAUCAUAUCAAAUGUCUAACAGAUCAAUGUUUGAAUUCGAUUUAUGAAUACUCUGAUGAAUAUUUUGUAAAUUUAAUUUGCUCAUUACGUUCACUAUUAAUAAAAAUUUAUAUAAAAUCAAGUCGUUUCCAAGAAGCCUUAAAAUUAUUAGAAGAAAAUUUAAAUAUUCAAGAAGACACAUUUGGAAUGUACAGUACACAAGUAAUAAAGACACAUAAACUAAUCUUGUCAAUAAACAUGGUUCAAGAAAAUUUCGCUGAAGCAUUUAAUCAAGCUGAAAUGUGCCUUGACCUUGAACAAUUCACAUUUGGUGCUAAUUCGAAACAAGCAAAGAGAACUAAAGAUAUUUUGAAUGCAUUAUCAAGUUACAAGAAAACUGGAAAUAAAAUCAAUUAA